AUGAAGAAGAAGAAAGCACUGCAGGAGAAGUCCAAGCGAGCGCAGAGAAGAUACAGGGAGAGGAAAAAGGCCGAGUCCGAGGAGCUGAAGAAACAGAUAGAGGAACUUUCGAAUCGCCUCAGCAGCCUCACGGCCGAGAGGAACAACCUGCAGAACCGCAACAGCCUCUUGGAAAAGGUGGUCCAAGUGCGCGGUAGCGGCGGCGACGCUGCCUCAUCGCAGGCUUUGGACAUGCCAGCGGCGGUGCCGGACCAUGUGACGGCAUCGGCGACAUUUUUGGGUCUGGUGUAUCCGGGGCGCGGCCUGGAGAGUUCGAUCAGGAAGGAGCACAUGGACAACAUGACGCCCGAGGACUACAAGAAAGUGUGGCGGGAUUACAUAAACAAGCUGACGCACCUGCUGCUGGCGUCCGAGGAGGGCGGGGACGGGGCAGCGCUGGCGCAGAUCCAUGAACUGGUCGAGGCGCAGCGCUGGGCUGUGCAGUGGUACGGCAAGAACGACAUGUCUAAGCUGAUGAAGAUCAGCCUGGACGUGCGCCGUGAGGGCUCCACCCACUUCCGCUCCGUCGAGGCCGCCCGCUCCCUACUGGCGUCGCUGGGGCUGUCGAUGGACCAGAAGUUCCGGAUAGUGGCGCUGCGGCGUCAGUUCCUGGGGCGGCUGCAGGGCAUCCAGCACAGCCGCGCGGUGGCGGCCGCGGCGCUGCGGGCAGCCAUGCCCGAGUCCUACGACGACAUCGCCGGCCUCAACGCCUUCACAGAGGCCAGCAUCGCGCAGGAGGGCCACCUGCGCGCGCUCAUUCAGGAGCACCAGGAAGCCUACGGCCUCGCGCAGUACGGCAUCCGCGAGGACGCGCGACUGCUGGUGGAUGCGUACCCACUGCCGCCUGACCCGCUGCUGCUGUCGCGGCUGGUGGCCGAGGAGCUGCGCGACCCUUCCGCACACCCCUCCGCAGCCGCCGCCAUCGAGGCUGGCCCCCGCUCAGCCCCUGGCAACCUGCUCUCCCUGGCCCCCGCGCUGCCCUCCCUCGAGUUCCCUCCCCUGCCAGGAGACUUUUUCGAGGCCCCCGCCGAACCACAGCCCUCCAAGAGCAGCCCUCCUGCGCACACAGUGACGACCGGAUUCAUCUGA